GCCGAGCCAUGUGACCGCCCAAAAUGGCGGGCCCCACGGGCGGCGUGUGACCCAGCCGAGCGACUCGACCUCGGGGCUCUUCGCGGGGCCCGGAGCGAGAAAAGACCCUGAACGGGGAGGCCUUUCCCGUCUGACCGGGGCUGCGGCUAGCAAAAGGGAAGCGCCUAUAAAACAGAUUAAAAUGGCAGGGAAAGAAUUUCUGGACCAUCCUGUGGAGAAAAAAUUCAAUCAUUCGAGAAAAAUCCCAGAAGCCAAAUGGCAGAUGAUGUUGGAAAGGCUGCCUCAGCGAGAUCAAAAUUUCUUCCUAAAUGGAAGCUUUGCCCUUGCCCUCAAUUCAAGUCUCCUUGCCUUAAUAUCUAAUAACUCGUUUAGGAAGAUUCUGCAUGUCACGCAGGCUCGUUAUUCAACAGUUGUAGCCAUGUCCAUAAUGCCCCUCACCAUAACAACAGUUGCUUAUGAGGCCAUAGUAAAACACUCUUUGAUGACAGGUAAUUUAAACUGUGAAAUCUGUGCUAUGGUGAGAGGUGGUUUAGUAGGAGCUGUCGUGGGUUUUUUCUACCCCAUCAUUCUAGCUUUGCCUCUGAAUGCAUUGCUGGCUACAAGGUACUAUACUGCUCCCUUGCCAAACAAAGACAAUGCAGUGCGAUUCUGGGUCUUGCUUAGUAAACCGAUUUUCAAAAAGUUGAGAUUUGCUGCUUUAAUCCAAGUUGCUUUUGGCGCAUACCUUGGUUCAAAACACCACGAAAUAUAUCUCAAAAUGUUGCGCAUGCCUGAACCUGGAAGGGAUCCCGAGGAAAUCAGAGAAUAAACCUUUAAAAAGGU